AAAAUGUAUGAAUUCAGAAAUAAAAUAUAUCGACUAGGCCUUAUCAAUGGAGAGGAGAAUAAUUUUCAUUAAAUUUGAGCUGAAUGCAUAUUUAUCUGCUAGGUCUAAGUAACAUGAAUCAUGUUGUAUGUAUGCCUACAGUAUAUCAUAUUUGCAUACCAGUGCAUCAAAUAAGUAAGCCUGCUAUGUUGUAUUAAUAAAUACUAGCUCCAUGGUUGGGAAAUAGAAUAGCUCAUCAUAAACUCAUUGAUGUUCAUUUGUCUAAUAAACCAUAGCAAAUUAAUAUGAUUACAUCAUGAUACAUAUGCAGCCUUUGGUAAUAUAGGCUGCUAUUGAUUGUCCAGUGUCCAGACAAUUUAGGACACCUUCUUCCUCCAUCUCCAGCCUCAUGCGAGGUUCACUCAUUCCGCCUGUGUUUCUGGGGAUGCGCUGUUGUGCUUGUUUAUCUCAGCAGCAAACCCUGCAGUGUUCUCCAUCCAAAAUGGCUGCGGAGGAGGAGAGCAAUAGCAGAGCUCCAUGUCUCAAUUUCUCCAGUCCCGGACCUCUAGGUAAUGCUCAGCCGAGCAACAACGCCCAUUCCUCGCCCGCUACAAACGAGGGGUCAGCGGGUGCAACUGGAGGAGCACCACGGACAGCGGGACACUCAAACCCUCAACCAGGCCGUGACAGUGGCGCCGAUGUCAGAGUAGAGACUUCCCCGAAUAGGCAACACACUACGCCACAGUCAGCGGGUCAGAGUGCCACGGCUGCCCGGGCACCGACAGCCGCAGGGGGAGCGUCAGGAGCUGCGACAAACAUGACAGCCUCGACAGCAGCCUCCGUGGAGCCCCCGAACAUCCCAUCCUCACUUCCCAGUAGCCCCGCAUCUGCGGCCGUAUUGGUUUAUCGGGAGCCAGUGUACAACUGGCAGGCCACAAAAAACACCGUGAAAGAAAGGUUUGCGUUUCUGUUCAACAACGAGGUGCUGAGUGACGUACAUUUUCUGGUGGGGAAGGGAAUGGGAGUGCAGCGGAUACCAGCACACAGAUUUGCCCUUGCCGUAGGAAGUGCAGUAUUCGAUGCGAUGUUCAAUGGCGGUAUGGCCACCACCUCGACUGAGAUCGAGCUGCCUGACGUGGAGCCGGCUGCAUUCCUUGCCCUGCUCAAGUUCUUGUACUCAGAUGAGGUGCAGAUAGGACCUGAGACUGUGAUGACCACACUGUACACAGCCAAGAAGUAUGCAGUGCCAGCCCUAGAGGCCCACUGUGUGGAGUUCCUCAAGAAGAAUCUACGUGCUGACAAUGCAUUUAUGCUGCUCACUCAGGCACGGCUCUUUGACGAACCUCAGCUGGCCAGCCUCUGUCUGGAGAACAUCGACAAGAACACAGUGGAUGCACUCGCUGCCGAGGGCUUCACUGAUAUUGACCUAGACACGCUGGUGGCGGUGCUGGAGAGGGAUAAUCUGGGGUUGCGGGAGGUGCGUCUGUUUGGGGCAGCGGUGCGCUGGGCGGAGGCAGAGACCCAGAGGCAGCAGUACCAGCCCACUCCAGAGAACAAGCGCAAAGUGCUGGGCAAAGCCCUGGUCCUUAUCCGCUUCCCUCUCAUGACCAUCGAGGAAUUUGCUGCAGGUCCGGCCCAGUCUGGUAUUCUUAGUGACCAGGAGGUGGUGAGCCUGUUCCUUCACUUCACGGUGAACCCCAAGCCUCACGUGGAGUUCAUCGACCGGCCUCGCUGCUGCCUGCGGGGGAAGGAGUGCAGCAUCACACGCUUCGGACAGGUGGAGAGCCGCUGGGGCUACAGUGGGACCAGUGACUGCAUCCGGUUUUCAGUGAAUCGGAGGAUAUUUGUGGUGGGAUUUGGCCUGUAUGGUUCGAUACAUGGUCCUACAGACUACCAAGUCAAUAUACAGAUCAUUCACACAGACAGCAACACUGUCCUGGGUCAGAACGACACAGGCUUCAGCUGCGACGGUUCCUCCAACACAUUCCGGGUCAUGUUUAAGGAACCAGUGGAGAUCCUGCCCAGUGUCAACUACAUCGCGUGUGCCACCCUCAAGGGACCAGACUCUCACUAUGGCACCAAAGGCAUGCGUAAAGUGACCCACGAAGCCCCAGCCACCGGCACCAAGACCUGCUUCACCUUCUGCUAUGCUGCAGGAAACAACAAUGGCACUUCAGUAGAGGACGGACAGAUCCCUGAGGUCAUCUUCUACACAUAAUCAAUCUCUGACCUCCCAGGGAACUCUGAACUAAGGACUGGCUAUAGGUGGUUCCCAAAUGACACCCUAUUGCCCAUAUAGUGCAAAGUAAUACUUUAGGCAAUAAGGCAUUUGAGCAUAGCCUAAUAGUACAGCUCCUCUAUUAUUCCUCAUGAGUCUUUACUACUACUACACUUCACCACAGGGUAGUGCUCGAAGGCUGUUUACACAGGCAGACCAAUUCAGUAAUUUUCCCACUAAUUGGUCUUUUGACCAAUCAGAUCAUCUUUGAAAAAG